CCUCGUUUGCAGUAUACGUAGAAAAUUUAAUUUGAAUUAUUCAUCGCGUUGGACAAUAGUUCGAAUGUGCAGGAACACGCCAGAAAUGCUGUAAACUGUUUAAAUAUGGAUAAAAAUAAGUUUAUUCGGCACAUCGCUUACAUUUUUAACACUGUAAUUACUAAAUGGGUUGAAACCUAAAACUACAAACUCGUAAAAGAAGCUCGACGUCUUGACAUCACUGGUCGGAUAGCGUCAACAAAAGACCCUUGCUGUUAGGCCAGAUAAACAUAUUGACGUUGUUCCGUGACCGCAAGAAAAUAAAAAGAAACAUUCAAAAGUUACAAAUGGAUGACAACCUUGUAGACCUAGGGUUGGAAGAUGAAGGCUCUCUCUUGGAGAUUUUGAAAGAACGGGAGAAGAGAGGCGAAAAUUUCACAUUUCUUGGAGAUGUGUUGGUAGCACUGAAUGCUUUCAGAGGUGUGUCAAAGCAGGACUUGGCAAAUAAAGAGAAUGCAAAGGGUCCCCAUCCACAUGGUGUUGCCCUAUCAAUGUAUGAGGGAAUAUGUGAAAAAGCUGAAAGUCAGUGUUGUGUAAUUGCUGGAGAAACAUGCUCUGGCAAGACAGAGAUUGGUCGGAUAGUUUUGAGCAGCUUAUUGAAACUGUUAAAAGCAGAGAAACCAGACAUUCAGUAUAAGAUUACAAUGGCAAAUAUUAUUUUGGAUGCAUUUGGACAUGCAAAAACACCACUUAGUAGAAAUGCAACAAGAUUUGGAAAAUUUUUGCAAUUUUUCUUUUCACCAGACAGAACUGUUAUUUCAGCAUCAUUUUCCGAUUAUAUGCUAGAAAAGACCAGAGUGAUCAGACAGAGAAAGGAAGGGAGAAAUUUCCACAUAUUUUACUAUCUUUUUCACGGGAUGUCUCAAGAAGAACUUGACCAGCUAUACCUUGGAACAAUGGAAAACCACAGAUACCUUGGUUUUGGCACACCACUUGCAGAUUCACAAGCUGAAGAAAACUACCUGAAAAGGAUGUAUUUGGGUGUUUGCAAAUCAAUGAAGAACAUUGGCUUCACGAUAGAGGAAAUUGCAGAUUGUUUUCAAGUUUUAUCAGGAAUUUUGAAUGUUGGAAAUAUGAAAUUUGCCACCAAAGAUGACAGCGCAGAGCUCUUCGUUAACACAACAGAUUCAAUUGAAAAUGCUGCUAUCCUUCUUGGCAUGGACAAGGAAAAAUUUGAGAAAGCGUUAACUACAUUAACUGCAACUGUUGAUGGAGAAACAAUGACAGCCGCCAAAAGUAUUUCAAAAGCCAGUGUAGGACGAGAUCUCCUGUCUAAAGAACUUUAUGGCAGACUGUUCAGUUGGAUUGUUUUCAAAAUCAAUAGUUUCAUUCAAUGCCUAGACCACAAGAAAAAGGUUGCAAAUGCUCCUUCAUUGGGACUUUUGGAUAUUUUUGGGUUUGAGGAAUUUGAAACGAACACAUUUGAGCAGCUGUGUGUUAAUUCUGCAAAUGAACAACUGAAUUUCUUUUAUGUUCAGCAUAUAUUCGCAUGGGAAAAGCUGGAACACGAGCAAGAAGGCGUUGAAGGACUCGCUCUAGAUUAUCCAGACAAUAAAACAAUAAUUAAUCUUUUAUUAGAGAAGCCUUCAGGGCUGUUUGCAUUACUAGACGAAGAAAGCCGCUACCCUAACGCAGACGAUAACACGUUGGUCUCGAAGUUCAAUGCCAACUGCGUCGAUCAUACUAAUUACUCCAAUAUCAGCAGCAAAAGACCAAUGUUUGCAAUCACUCACUUUAAUGGGAAGGUUCAUUACUUUGUGGAUGGUUUUCUUCAGAAAAACAGAGCAACAAUUAGUAGUCAUAUUAUCGACUGUCUAAAAGACUCUAGCAACAGCGUUGUGAGCUCGCUUUUUCAAGGAACCAUUUCGAAAACUGGAUCAUUCGUCAUCGAUCCAAAUUCAGUGAAAGACAACCCAAAGGAUUCGAAGCAAACUCCAAGAAAAAGGAAAACAAGCGAGGCUAGCUCGACGUCAGCCCGAGGUCGUAAACAAAAGCCAAAUUUUACGACUGGAACACAGUUCCGGAACUCUCUCGUGGAAUUAAUGGAAAAAAUACUUCAAAGUCAACCACAUUUUAUCAGAUGUAUCAAGUCAAAUAACAGCGAGAAACCUAACGAAUUCGAUGACUCAGUUAUUCUCAAGCAAAUACAAGGAUUCUGCCUAUAUGACACUCUGCGAGUUCGUGAAGAUGGAUUCCCAGCCAGGCUCACUUUUAAGCAAUUUUUAGAAAGGUACAAGUUCAUCUGUUUCCCUCUGGUGUCAACUAUUCCAUGUAACAGGGAAAACGUCGAGAUUAUCAUGAAUAAAUCCAACAUUUUUGGACAUAAGUUUGGGAAUGCAAAGGUAUUUCUGAAACACCGACACGAGAAUGAGCUGGACAGCCAUUUAGAAAAGGUGAAGAGGGACGUCGUCACUGUUCAGAAAAUGUUUCGUGGAAGACUAGCGAGGAUAGAUUACGAGUUCCUGAUGAACAACAGAAAACACGAGGAAAGAACUAUCGGGAAUUUCCUGAUGUCGGUAUCUACCAAACCUGCCAAGCUACACGAGGCUUUGAUAACGAUGAGCAAGCAGGAUGUGCGGAGACACGAUAAGGAGAACGAUGAAACCAGAAGAAAGUUGAGGGAGAAUCAGAAAAAGAAGGCAGCAAAAAUGAUCACAGAUUCGGCAACGGUUGGUUCAAGACGACCUCGAAGCAAAGACGACUUUCUGGUUGGCUCUAGAAAAUAUGGAAGUCAAAAGCAGAGUGGUCGGCCACAGAUUUACGGCGGAGAGCUGCCGCUGAUGAGGGACUUCACCCGCGGACGGCUCAAGGCGUGGUGCCGCGUCGACUGCUACGAGCGACAGUUUCAUGUUGCCUCGUUCUUCUUGCAUCAGUCAGUCAUAACCAUUGAUGGAUCAAAUAUUGUCGACGAUUCUGCUAAGAUAGGGUUGUGUUAUCUGCCUUCAAAAACUGGAGACGCUAAAGUGCUAAAGGUGAAAAAUUGCAUUGGAAAGGGACUCAAAUUACACCAAGAUGAUAGUGGCAAUGUUUGGGCUACACGGAUAGGGAAGAACCCAAUUUUUGUCAGGGGAUACUUUCUGUCUCCAGAAUUGAUAAAAUUGAACGGCAAACUUACGCAGGGUGUUCCUAUGAAGAUAUUUGAUGUUGGCGAGUACAAAGACACUUUGAAUGAAGAAUGCUCCAACGCAGUAAAGGAUGAGCAGGCGACUAGAAGCAAGCUUAUGGGCACAUGCAAAGUUUGUAUUAGUUUCAUUAAAGAUACCAUGGUGGAUGAAGAGACACCAUGCUGGAUUGAAGUAUGGUUUGUGGAACAUGUGGAAACUAUUCGUAAGAAACUACUUGCUGUGUUGAAAAGCCAGGGAAAAUCAAUGUCUUCAAAGUCUUCCAAUCCAACACCUUCAGAAUCAAAAGAAGCAAAACAGAUUAAUGAUGGAACACCAAAAAAGCUUGCUGUUGAUAUUGACCCCACUAAAGAUCCAAAGCAAGCUGUUGCAGGUGGGUUCAAUUUAGUAUCUGGAACUGAGAAAAUAGCAAGGAAUCCACAAGUAAACAAAAACAAGGGAAAACCAGGUCCAAUUGAAGAUAUACCACUUCCUGAGAGUGAAGUAAGAACAGCACUGCGCUCACCUCACAUUGCUGUCGCUGACGGAAAGGUUAUCUUGGACUAUGGGUCCUAUGCAAGACGAGCCACUCCAAUGACCCAAACAAAUGAGGUCCCUGAGACAGAAUUGAUGCCGGAAAUGGAAAUGAUGCCUGAGUCAGAGUUUUCACAAAUUGAAAUUCCCACUUAUAAUCCAAGUUUUGGCUAUAAUUAUGAACUUCCUGAGGCAAAUGGUCAGGACCCACAAUCUACUGGGUUAAGCUAUGGAAAAGUGUUUGGAAUGAGUGCAUAUGAUUAUGCAUUUGACUUUGUGCCACCUAGUUACCGUAGACAUAGGCGACAUUCAGAUUCUGACUCAGAGUCUGUGAGAAAUUUCAUGUCCACUAACAUGCCAAUACAUGGAAUUUUAGAAUUAGAGGAAAAGAAGUCAACACCUUUGCAGCCUAUGAAGUGGAUUAGCAAAAAGACACGAAGAAAGAGUGAGGAUCAGAGAAGGAAAGCUUUUCCAGUUCGAUAA